AAAGAAACGCAAACGAUGCAGACGCAUUCGAACGGGAAAUAAAACAAACUGUUUGCAAAGAAAAAGAGUAGUUGAUAAAAAAAAAUAAUUUUUGAAAUUGUUUUGAAAAUUAUCAAAAAAAAACUCGUUGACGGUUAUUUUCGAAAAAUAAUAAGGAAGCCAAUACAAACCUGUGUGUGUGAGUGUUCCAGAAACGUCACCAACAACUUCCUGUUCUUUGGAUAUUUGAAAACUAAUAGAACAGAUUACAAUAAAUUAAUAAAAAUUCCACACAUCAAAUAAAUUGGAUUUAUUGAAAAUCAAUGCUAAGGAGUUGAAGUGAAAUAUUAAAAAAAAAUAGUGAAAAUAACCAAAAAAAAAAGAAAUCGAAAGAAAACAAACGAAAUUUUCUUAAAAAACCAACUGCCAACAAGUUUGUGAAAUUUGCCGUUAAAUUGCUUCGCAUUUUAUUUCGGUCGAUUUGAAUUGAAUUUUACUUUUCUUUUCAAACGUGCGUGUAACAAGUUCGCUUGCCGCUUAUGUUUUGAGAUUUUAUUUUCUGUACAAAAAAACACACAUUUUUUGUUUCAAUCCAAUUGCUUUCGUUAUUUUAUGGCUUUGCAAUGAUGACGAGACACCUGCAAUUCUUGUGUGCCACCACUUGUUUAUGGCUCUUGGCCACGGCCCAACAACCCUCUUCGUUCGACAAAUGGUCACGUCAACUGGAGGCUGCCAGUCCGGCAGUAUCGGAUAGUUUCGAUUGGGUGCCAUUGUCUCAGUCGGCGGAUAGUACACCAGAAACCAAGGAUCGUUCGGCCAAUGGUCGUGUUCUCACCUAUUCCCAAUCCUUCCCGCCCAGUUCGAAAUUUAGUGAAUUGUCAAAGGGUCUUCCAUUUGGCAGUUCCCCGCAAUCGGCAAAACCCACACCAUUUGAUUUUCCCUUCCAAUUCCAAUCGUUUGGCAAUGCUCCCCAGACCCAAUCGCUGAGACAACCUAGCUCACCGCUAAAGGCUCAAGAUCCAACCUCGCAAUCGUUUUUCAAAUUUGAAAUGCCUUUCAAUCAACAGAGUGCCCGUCCCGCCCAAUUGGCUGCCCCUGGUGUAAAUACUGGCUAUCAAAUUUCUCAUGCUUUUGGAGGUGGCGCCCAAGCAACUUUGUUCAGUUCACCGCUGUUCAAUCAACAACCUGCCUUCCCACCAGAAUUCCACCCAGUGCCUCAGAAACCCUUUAGCCAGCAAUUACAACAGCCACAGAAGCCUUCCUUCCUGCAGCCGAAUGUUAUUGAGGAUUCUUUGUCGUUGAAGAAUUUCUUUAAGGAAAACAAACCAUUGCCCACACCAUCAUCAUCGCUCCAGGCGGUUACACCUCAAGUUUUCCCCACCAAUCCACCGGCCGAAUCGUCUUUCCCCCUGAGAAAUAAUUUCAACAAUUUACCAUCGGCCUCGGGACCAGCUGGUCCUCAAGACUCUCAGUUCCUGUAUGUGCCCUACAAUGAUGUUUUCAAUUUCCCCGCUCCCCAGGCCCAACCUUCGGUACAGCAACAACAACAACCACAACAGCCACAAAAUCCUUUUGAACAAAAUACCAAAUUCGGUUCUAAUCUUCCCACCGUAAACCCCUAUCAAAUAAAUCAGUUCUAUACUCCAGAUCCCAUUGCUCCUGCUCAGCCUCAGAAUAAUUUGUUUGCCAUUACAACGACCACUAUUAAGCCCCAAACUACCUCCCUGAAACCCUCCAACAUUUUCCAGAGCUAUGUUAGUCCACAAUUCACCACCCCGGCCCCGAAACCCAAACCAAAGGCCCAUCAACCGGCCUUGGCCAUGUUCCUUUACCGCAGCUCGGCCAGACCCACCCAAACCGAUGUGGUUGAAGCCUUGGCCUCAGCCAAGAAUAUUGCCGUCAUUGAUGCUCCCUCUCAAAAUACUCCCGAUAUCUUUGUUGGACCCGCCGGUAUGCCCACUCCUGGUGGCUUCACCAAAUUCGAUUUGCCCUAUUUGUCGCAACUACAAAGUGGAGGUCAGGACAUCAAUGACAUACCCUACUUUGUGGCUCCAUUGAGUUAUCGUACACCUGGAGGCUUCCACAAGAUCUUGUUGCCAGAGCCCCAUGUAGGUUCGAUUGUGGUCAACUUGGCCAAGCAACGACCUCCAACCUCCGCCCAGCCCCAGCAAACAAAUGUCUACUAUCAACCCCAGUUGCAAGAUGUUCCUGCCACAACUCAACGUCCUCAGACCACCACCCAAGCCAAUGUGUACUAUCAACCCCAAUUGCAGGAGGUUCAAACUUCGACUCAUCGUCCACGUCAAAGAGUGAAGGGCAAUGCCAAUCGUGGCAACAAAUAUAGCUAUUAUCUGGAUCAAGAUGCCAUACAAGAAGUUUCCUCACCACAAAUCACCCAAAAGGAACGGCCCAAAAAGAAACGUCCCCAGACCUCGGUGAAGGUGGAACAGAACGGUUUCAAUCAGCAGUUGAGUAAUCCCUAUGCCCAAUUCAAUCCCAUACCCAAUCAAAUUACCGGCGAUGAUUACUACAAGGUUGCCACCAAACCAAGCACCACAUCGUCGACAAGCACCACCACUACCACAACUUCUACUACCUCUACCACGGCCGCUCCACAGACAUACUUUACAUACAAUACUCAGGCUCAGGUUGAAUUCCCCGGAUCCAGUGGCCAUUUGUAUCACAAUGUUAAUCAACCCGCUCCCCAGGAAGAGAACCCCCGUCUAACAACCAGACCUACGUUGGGCGCCACCACCGCUGAGGAAGAAUAUCGCAUGAAACAAUACUACAAACAACAAGAUGCCAUACGUAAUCGUCCUAAGCUUGUGGCCCAAACCAACUCACCUUACGACCAAGUCCAAUACACCCCCGUCAGCUUGGAAUAUGAAGUUUCGCCCAAGACCACCACCGUUAAGCCACGUAUUACCUUCUUUAGUCCCACAGUGGGUCCUGCAACUGAGGAAGACUUCAAUACCCUGCCACCAAGACAACAAGUUGCCAACAAUAACAACAACAAUUUGCCUGCCAAUCAUCGUCCUUCCUAUGUGCAAAAUGAGAUUACCGACAGUCCUGUGGAAUAUGAACCCAAUCCAUAUCAACUACCCUCGGAAUUGCCUUCAUUGACACCCAGCUUGCCUGGUUUGGUAAACAAUCUCAAGGAUAUGAAACAACAGCAACAACAACAACAACAGAACGCCAAUGAAGAACAGACAACGGUAACACCCAGUGUGGAGCAGGAAACCACCACAAGGCCCACACGUCGUCCCAUACAUCGAGUGAGAAAACCGACCAAGGCCAGCAACACUGUGGACAACAAUGAAAACUCGGAUACUGAAACCUUUACCCGCAGGCCAUUGAAUCGUGUACGAAGACCAUUUGGUUCGCGCAACACCAUCGGCUCCGCCAUUAACACCAAUUUGGAUAGUAGCAACAACAAUAGAAAUAAUGACGAUAAUGAUGCAGCCACCACUAGCACAACGAGACGUCCCUCUGGGUCCCGCAACCCCUUGGUACGCAAUCCCAAUCGCAUACGCUAUCAACCCACGCCCGAGGAACGACAAACCCUGAGAAUCAAACAGAAAAAGAAGUAUGGCGGCUCCUCCAAAGUUGUGGAACAAACCGAAGAUUUGGACUAUCAGCGUGAUGUGUUGAAACAAAAUUACCCCGUCAUCAGACCAGCUGGUGGACGUACACCCAGCAGUCCCACUGCCAGACCCAGUUCAUAUGACAUUACCACCACCGAAGCACCCACAUCGGAAACGCAACAAGUCUACACCGUGACACCCAGCAAUCACAUUGACAACGAACAGGUCUUCCCCGCAGGACUCUUGGAACCCAUGCAAAUCGCUCAGCAGUACAAUCAAUAUAAGGAUAAUUAUGGCCCUGGUUAUUUCCCCAAUCAAGAGGAUUUGAAUCCAACGGAACCGGUGCGGAAUGAAAUAAAUCCAGUUUAUACCACAUAUCCAACCACAACACCGGCACCGGCACCGGCCACUGAACCGCCAACCACAACGACAACCACGACCACAACUACGACAACAACCACAACUGAGGCUCCAGUCGUCACGACAACAAGACGUUCGCCAUUUGUUCGCAGAAAUUAUCCUAGGACUAGGCCAACAACCACUGAGGCACCAACGACGACAACACCCACACCCGAGGAGAGACCAUCGAUCCGCAAUCGUUUGCCUCCCCGCAAGGUAAUAAGAGUGCGCACCCGUACCCGUCGCCCACAGCACCCCGCCUCAACAUCGGCCGCUCCCGAAGAAGAAAAUCAAGCUACCGAGGAACCCAGACAAAAUUAUCGUAAAUUGAAUCGUUUCAAUCAGGAUCUCUAUGACAAUGAGCAGACCCCCAGACGUCGUUAUAAGAAUAAAUUCCAAUUGGAGGGACAAGAAUCCCAGUGGUCACCGGCGGUUAAGGUUGGACCCACAAACAACUUUAAACCCAUUAAUCCCAAAACACACAACAGCAAUCGCCACCGGUUUGAAGAUGAACCUGAAAUUGUAACGGUGGGACCUAAUGGUGAGGGUCAGGACAACUAUGAGGUCAAAGUCUCGGCCAAUUUGGCACCAACUGGCAGCAGUGGUGUGCAAAUGAAGGAACCAAAUUUGAAACCCGAAAAAUCCUUUGCUGAACUUCUGGAAGAAGUCAUGGGAAAGGCAACCGAAGAUAAGACUGUCGAAAGCACCACAGCAUCCUCUGCCACCUCGACAGAUGGUACCUAUUUCGAUGCCCAAAAGACAACCAUUGCAAAUCGUUUAAAUCGCCGUGGCAAAUGGAAGAAGACCCGUGUUGUGGCCACAUCCAAUACGAAUGGCGAAAGCUUCGAAACUGCCGAAUCUCAAAGUCUGGGCUCACAACUGUACAACACUCUGCACACCAAAGACAAGGCCAGUGUGGCUAUGGUUAAGGAUUGGAAGACAACUACCCCCAUGACGACGGCAGCUGAAAUUAAUGCCAUGUACACUUCCGAUACCACCACACCCAUGCCAAUGGGUUCCAUGGAGGAUGAAUAUGCCUUGACAACCACAAAACCAGAAGUGGGUACCACAUUUGCCCCCACCAUGCCAAUGAACUCGCCCGUCGAUGAUAUGGCUGGUAUGAUGACAGAGAAGACCAUCAACAAUGGCGGCGAAGAGGAAAGCGCCACGCGUCGCAUGGAUGAUACAGCCAUGGAGGAGGAUUUAGAAAUUCAGCCAAGUCUCUUCUCGGAGGUGAAGAAACAAUUACAUGAACUCUUCUCAAUUGAGGAUACCGGGGAUGAUACGGCAGUAACUGCAGCCUUGGCCGCGGUGGGUAAACGCCGUCAGGAAUACACGAAUAUCAAGAGACCCAAGGUGGAGACCACAACAUUUGCGCCACAGCCGGAUUUCACCGAACCCAUGUCGCCAGAGGAUAAAGUUGCCUUCCAUCGAGAGCUAAUGAAACAUGUGGUGUACGCCACAUCGGCGCCGGCCAAGGAAGAGGAGCAGACAUCCGAGGCGGAAAUCUGCUAUAGAGGGCGCUGCAUAAAAUCCGAUGAUUUGCCAGCGAAUCAUAAAUUAAAUUAAUUUGGAUUUUCGGCGUGUGUGUUAAUUAGGUUAACUAGGACUAACUAAAAAAUCCCUCGACUUUUCCUUUAUCCCCACUUCCCCUAGUCUCUCUUCAAUACAAAAAUUACGCUUUGCCUCUUACUUUCUUUUCCCAAAAAAAAUACAUCAAGUCAUACUUAAGUCCAGUUUCUCAUCUUCUUAUCUAGCUAUUUAUUCUCCUCCCCCUUCCCCUCUCCAUUUUAUAAUUUUCGAUAUUUUGUAAUUAUAUUUUUAGUUUUAAUUUAUAACAAAAAUCAGAACAAACAACUUUAAAACGAUUUUCAUGUAAUUAAUUAUUUUAAUUUAAUUCCAUAUCCCCAUUGUAAACCCCCUUCUGUCUUACCUUCCACUAACGAGGACCAAUUGAAAUGUUCUCUUUCAAACCGCCUCUUUAGUGAAAGAUGUGAACGAAGUUUUAUUUUUUCGUUUCUUUGGGUCUGUAACACAAGUUAAACAAAAUUUUCUACAGAUAUUGGAUAUUAUACUCUUAAGUUUUAGUAUUAUUUAUUUUUUAAGUACCUUUUUUUGUAAUAUAAAACAAACAACAACAACAAAUAAUAAUAAUAAUAAUUAAUAAUUUGUACGAUAUACAGAAUAAACAAUUAAUUAUAAAA